AUGGCGCCGCCGGAGGAGGGGCGCCCCGCGCGGGGCCUCUGCCCCGCCGCCCUGCCGCGGCUCCGGCCCUCGCCGCUCCUCGGGUGCUCCGCGAUCCUCGUGGACUUCAUCGGCCUCAGCAUGAUCGCCCCGAUCCUGCCGAGCAUCGUGGGCAGCCAGGCGGUCGGCAACAUCCUCACGGCGCAGUACCUGUCCGUGGUCGCCGGGCAGCUCGCCGUCGCGGCGCUGGCGGACCGCUUCGGGCGCCGGCUCAUGAUCUUCCUCGUGAUGAUCUUUCGACUUCUGCGGACAUCCUGUUUGCGGCGACUGGCCUCACCAAAGACGUGA